UCUGCCAACGCCGCUACUCGGCGCACCUUGGCUUGCUAUUUCGCCAACAACCUCCUCCCUCUUUACCGCGGCGUGCCGCGUGCGGCGGGCGCGGAUGGCAACGGCCACCUCCGCCUCCGCCUCCGCCUCCGCCUCCCCCGGCGCGUUCGGCGCCAAAACCCCAGCCCCAGCCCGUGGGCUGAGCACGCACCCGGUCCUGACCCCGAGCCCCGCAUUCGCGAGGCCUUCGCCGCGCACCCCCGCCUGCAGCAGGUCCCGCGCCAGCCUCCACCUCGGCGGCCUGGGCUCGACCAGCAGCAGCAGCGCCGCCGCCGCCGGAAACGGAACCGGGCUCCACGUGCCCCCCACGGUCGCGCCGCUCGCCGUGCCUAAGAUGGCCGGCUCCAUGAAGACCCAUAAGAACGUCCUGCUCUUCUACUGCGAGGAGAUGCGGGACCUCGCGCAGCAGGUGGUCGCCCGGAACGAUGACAUCGAACUUCGAUCCAUCUCAUGGAGGACAUUUCCAGACGGAUACCCGAAUCUGUUCAUCUCGAAUGCCCAUAACAUUCGUGGGCAGCAUGUUGCCUUUUUGGCUUCGUUUAGCUCGCCCAGCGUCAUAUUUGAGCAACUAUCUGUCAUAUAUAAUCUGCCAAAGUUGUUUAUUUCUUCGUUUACUCUUAUACUCCCGUUUUUCCCAACCGGGACUUCUGAGCGCAUGGAAGAUGAGGGAGAUGUUGCAACCGCGUUUACACUUGCCAGAUUUUUGUCAAAUAUACCAAUAUCACGAGGCGGACCAUCGAGUUUAGUAAUUUUCGAUAUCCAUGCUUUGCAGGAGAGAUUCUACUUUGGAGACUCGGUCUUACCAUGUUUUGAGAGUGGCAUCCCCUUGCUGAAAAGUAAGCUUCAGGAGCUACCUGAUUCCCAUAAUAUAACUAUAGCAUUUCCAGAUGACGGUGCAUGGAAACGCUUCUAUAAGCAGCUUCAACAUUUUCCUAUGGUUAUAUGUAACAAAGUUAGAGAAGGGGAGCAGAGAAUUGUACGGAUAAAGGAGGGAGAUCCUAGAGGCCGUCAUGUUGUUAUAGUGGAUGACUUGGUCCAGUCUGGCAGUACUUUGAUUGAGUGCCAGAAAGUACUGGCUGCUCAUGGAGCUGCAAAGGUCAGUGCAUAUGUGACACAUGGCAUUUUCCCCAAUAGCUCAUGGGAGAAAUUUCAGCAUGACAAUGGAGAGGGUCCGGAGCAUGGCCUGAGCCACUUUUGGCUUACUGAUUCAUGCCCCCUUACUGUCAAGGCGGUGAAGGGCAGACGACCAUUUGAAAUUCUAAGUCUGGCCGGACCUAUUGCUUCUGCUCUCCAGAUUUAGGCUUCUUCCCUCCAGAUUUAGGCAAAUCUGGUCUGCUCGAUCCUUCGGGAUAUUGUGACUAUUCAGUUAGUUCUUCUUUCCUUUGUUGCUGUUGAGGAAUUUGGUGUUUUCCUUUCUAUAGCUAUUGAGUGUCUCGCAAUGUAUUUACUAGAAAACCAUAAAAUGGCAUAUCUUCACUGCAGGGUCUGCUUGGCAGAAAACAUUCAUAGUCGUAGUAUUAGCUGUUAAUAAUUUGACUGAGCAAGUCAAGCGUUGAUCUGUGUUCUAGUAUAAAUAAAACUCUCGAAUAAGUUUCAGU